AUGUCAUCAACUAAUAUUAAUAUAAUUGACUCAAGUAUAGCGGCAAUAGUCGCACGAUUAACUACUCACCCUCUUGACACGAUUCGUGUGCUUGCUCAAACUACUUUGUCAACACCAUCCUAUUCUUACCCUCAUUUAACUUCAAAUGCUAAAUUUUCACCUAAUGGAGUCAAACAUAUUUAUUACUUUUUCAAGUCUACCAUUCAAAAAAAUCCAGUCAUUCAAGUAAUAAGCAGAACUCCUGUCAAAAAUUUAUAUAAUGGUCUCCCAGUUGCUACUAUUCUUGGUAUCCCUGCAUCAUCAUCUUUUCUCUUCGUUUAUGAUAUAUCAAAGUACCAUCUAUCUUCUAAUUUUAACAUAAAAGAUGAUAGAAUGUUAAAUCACGUUUUAAGUGGUACAUUUGCAGAAAUAAUAAGUGGAAUAUUAUGGACACCUAUGGAAGUUAUUAAAAGUAAACUUCAAGCUAAUGAUGCAACUUUUCAAUCUCGUGAAAUUAUUAGUAAAAGGAUUAUAAGUUCGUAUAUAGGUAGUAAAAAUGGUAAUCUUAAUACUUUUGAAAUUUCAAAAAAUAUUUUUAAAGAGGAAGGUUUACGAGGUUUUUAUAGAGGAUAUUUUAUUACAUUGGCAGUGUUCAUUCCUCAUGUAAUUACUUAUUUUGUAAUUUACGAAAAAUGUAAAGCUUGGGGUCGUGCUAAAUAUUUAAAGAAAAAUGAAUUAUCAAAUUCGAUUGAUUUACCAUUUUCAAGUUACCUACUCUAUUCAGGUUUCUCAUGUGCGGUAGCUGCUUCAGUAUCAAAUAUUUUAGAUAUUGUUAAAACUAGAACUCAAGUUUCUUCAAAUGAAUCUAUCACUAUUGAUAAUACUGGUAAAUUACAUUCUAUAAAAAACAUUCCAAGGGAAAUUAUUAAAAAUAUGUAUAAAUAUGAAGGUGGUCUAAGAGCAUUUGCAAAAGGAAUGAGUUCUAGAAUUUUGUGGGCAGUUCCUUUCUCUUCUAUUAGUAUGGCUGUAUUUGAAAUUUUAAAAAAUAGAAGAAAUAAAAUGAAUUUAGAGAAG